AUGGGUUGGAUUGGGAAGUGUUGUGCAUUGUUGGGAUUCGGGACAGUCGCAUAUUUUGUGCGGUGGCACUACAUUGGCAGAUUGUACAAAAGUGCACGAAAGUUCCAGCACGGUGAAUUGAUCGUACUGACCGGUGCAAACUCCGGUAUCGGUUUAGCAACGCUAGUGGAAUUAGCCGGCCGUGGGUGUCAUCUUGUGAUUGGCACGCGUAGUGCAACGAUAGGCCAAACAGUUCGUGAAACGGUGCUUCAGCAGUAUCCGACCGCAACUAUUGAUACGUUCGUACUGCAACUCGAAUCGCUUGCCAGUGUGGUGGAAUUCAGUGAAAACGUACGCAAUUUAAACAAACCACUGUACGCGCUGAUAAAUAACGCCGGUGUGUUUUAUGCGCCUCCGAGCAUUACGGAGGACAAGCUCGAGUAUCUGUAUCAGGUGAAUUAUUUGGCACACUUUCUGCUGACGCUGCGCCUGCUGCCCGUCCUCAAACAACAGCAACAAGCGGGCGAAAGUCGCAUAGUGAACGUUGUCUCGCAAGCGCAUCGAUCGGUAACCGAAAUACCAACGGACGACAGCUUUUGUGGCCCUCUAUUUGACGAUACCGCUUCCAACCGGUUCCGAUCGUAUCAGUACAGCAAGCUUUGGUUGGUGCAGUUUUCCUACCGCCUAUCGCAGCUACUAACCACAAGCAGCUCCAGCCAACCAUCCGUCCACUGUAUCGAUCCAGGUAACGUAGAAACGGCCAUCUUCCGGCACUUCCCACCAUUGGCGAAUCGGUUGCUUUUCUAUCUACAGAAACCACUCAGAAUUUUGCUCAUUAAAACACCUCACGAAGGUGCUCAGGGCGUUUUGUACGCGGUUCUAUCCGAGCAGAAACCACCGUUCUACGUGCGCCGAUUUUGGGCCAAACGAACAAGCGAUUUCGACGAAAUUAAUCCACUGGUACGGAAAGAAUCGCUUGCCGAUACGCUAUGGAAACGGAGCCGGAACCAGUGCAGUCAUCAUCUGCUGGAAAUGCCGCUUUAGUACUGCCCCCGGUAUACGAGGAUCGCACGAAGGGACUACGGAAGGAGCGAAUUUCAUUCCGAUUCACCUCUGCAGAAAAACCUUCCGAACUGAGCCGUUGUCUUGUAACGAUCGGUGCAGUGGAGGGAAUCGGAACGCACG